CUCCCCGAAGGAGCCGCUCGGGGCGCGCAAGGCGGGAGCGCGGCGCGGGCAGAGCGGCCGCGGACGCGCAGGAGGAGGAGGAGGCGGCGGUGGUGGCCCGCCCGCGGGACGGAGGCGGCCGUCCGGGCCAUGCUGGAGGCGCGGCGGCACCUGGCGGGCGCGCAGAGCCGGCGGGCGGCGGGGCAGCCUCUUCGCCGCUGCUAGAGCGGCGGCAGCGGGAGCCGCGGCGGGGGCUGAGCUCGGUCGGGGGCCGCGCCGCGUCGGGAGGAACCUUCGCAUCGCCUCGCCUCGCCUCGCAGGGCGGAGGCACAGCCACCGCCCGCCGCCUUCUUCUUUCGACAGAGGCGGCGCGGCCGCGGAAGGAGAGGACCAUGAGCCGCGCGGUACUGGUCUGGCUGGUGCUCUGCGGGAGCCUGGGGGUGCCGCGCCUCGCCCGAGGAGACAUGUGUGACUCCAGCCCAUGCAAAAAUGGUGGCAUCUGUCUGUCAGGGCUGGAUGAUGAUUUCUACUCAUGUGAGUGUCCUGAUGGCUUCACAGAUCCCAACUGCUCUAGCGUUAUGGAGGCUGCCUCCAUUGAAGAGGAACCAACUUCAGCAGGACCCUGCCUUCCUAAUCCAUGUCAUAAUGGUGGGACAUGUCUAAUUAGUGAAGCGUACCGAGGCGACACAUUCAUAGGAUACUUUUGCAAAUGUCCAAAGGGAUUUAAUGGGAUUCACUGUCAGCACAAUAUAAAUGAAUGUGAAUCUGCCCCCUGCAAGAAUGGUGGAAUCUGUACAGAUCUCAUUGCCAACUAUUCCUGUGAAUGUCCAGGUGAAUUUAUGGGACGAAACUGCCAACAGAAAUGCUCUGCCCCACUAGGGAUAGAGGGAGGAAUUGUGACAAACCAACAAAUGACUGCAUCAUCCACUCAUCGAGCUCUUUUUGGACUCCAGAAAUGGUACCCCUACUAUGCACGACUUAAUAAGAAGGGGUUUGUGAACGCUUGGACUGCUGCAGAAAAUGACAGAUGGCCAUGGAUUCAGAUAAAUCUGCAGAAGAAGAUGCGAGUCACCGGAGUUAUAACUCAAGGUGCCAAGAGGGUUGGAAGUCCAGAAUAUGUAAAAUCUUACAAGAUUGCAUACAGUAAUAAUGGGAAAUCGUGGACAAUGUAUAAAGUAAAAGGCAAAAAUGAAGAUAUGGUGUUUCGUGGAAACGUGGACAACAUCACCCCAUACGCUAACUACUUCACCCCUCCAAUUAAGGCGCAGUACAUACGGCUGUAUCCUCAGGUUUGCAGAAGACACUGCACACUGAGAAUGGAACUUAUUGGCUGCGAACUGUCAGGUUGCUCUGAACCCUUAGGGAUGAAAUCAGGACACAUCCAGGACUACCAGAUUUCUGCCUCCAGUGUUUUCAAUACCCUCAACAUGGAUAUGUUCUCUUGGGAGGCCAGGAAAGCCCGGCUGGACAGACAAGGAAAAGUUAAUGCCUGGACCUCUGGCUACAAUGACCAGUCACAGUGGUUGCAGGUUGACCUGCUUGUCCCUACAAAAAUCACUGGCAUAAUUACCCAAGGAGCUAAAGAUUUUGGUCAUGUUCAAUUUGUGGGGUCCUACAAGAUUGCUUACAGCAAUGAUGGAAAACACUGGAUCAUAUACCGAGAUGAAAAACAAAAGAAGGAUAAGGUGUUCCAGGGAAAUUUUGACAAUGACACGCACCGUAAGAACAUGAUUGACCCUCCGAUCUACGCCCGACAUGUCCGCAUCCUGCCGUGGUCAUGGUAUGGCAGGAUCACCCUGCGGUCAGAGCUGCUGGGCUGCACACUGGAGGACUGAAGCGGAUCUCUGUUAGUCAUCGUAGCUCUUGGUGUAGCUAAAAGUGUCUCUGUAGAAGAUACUGUGCAAAGCCUGUAGGAUGCUGAGUGGGUUUUUCAUUAUUAAGUGCUCAUUUUGUGGUAGGCCGCUAACUGUCUUUCGCAAGGAGGUCUAAGCCUGCCCUUUAAAUGAUCCAAUCCAAUUUUGUCCUUGAAAUCUAUUAGUGACGUACCUUCUGCUGUGGAAUUAUCUUUCUAGUUUUCCUUUGAGUUGUUCACACUAGUUGAAACAUGUUAGGGAAAACCAGCAGCAUCCUAUUUACAAGGGAAGAGAAACAGCAUGACAAAGCUCAUUUGCAGCUUUAGAAACAUUGGGCUGACGAGUUCUCCAUAAAUCAUAUUGUCAUCUUACUUGCAAAAAGUGAUACUGCAGCUUUUAGCAAUAAGUUUACUUGGGGAUGACCGCAUUAUAGUAAUUGUGCCUAUCAAACACUGUCAGUAUUUAUGACAUAUUUUGGAAGAUACUCUGUGGUACUGUAAAACACAGUGCCCAUGAUAUUACAAGCUACCUUUCAUCACUUUCAUCUGAACAGCAGAAUCCAUGCACCUAAAGAGUUUUCCUAACUAACCCCAUUUUUCCUUCUCUAUUUUGCAUGCUAUAGACAUGACCUUCAUCUUUUCUGUUUAGAGUUGACCUGUUUGCAUAUGAAACAAAAUCUGCUAUCAGUAUAUUAUGAAGUUAAUGAAUUUGCCAAAGUUUAUUAAUUCUGCUUGAGAUGUGCUUUUUCAAGGAGGCUGAGAUGAGACGCCAAGGUACUUGUGGUAUCUCAUCUUAAGUACCCACAUAGGUAAAGGCACGCAGUGCAUCAGAAAUCCUGAGCCCGUUUCGUGACUUGCCCAGGGGUGAGCACACAACCCUAGAUGGAGCUGCCGGCCCAAUUACUUCUUUCAGAAACCUCCUUAAUUUCUGAGAGGAGGUAAAUAUGGGUUGAAGGAGUAAGUGCUAAAAGGCACACAGGAGGAAUGACUCCCUUACUGCCAGGAAAUCCUCUCAGUAGGCUCUUCUUAAGGUGGCAGUCACAGCCGUCGUCCCAGGCAUGAAGGCAAGAGGUGUUGUAGGAGUUCAUCAAAGCUGGGACCUCAGCACCCUCCACUCCCAACCAUCUUUUCAGACCUAUGCCAGUGAGCCACAAGGAGGCUGAUUUUUAUCAUUCCUCAUCUACAGAAAUGCUUCAUACAGGCUAUGUUGUCUUAACAACAUGAUAGCCAGCGAGGACCCCAGUUUAAAAAGUCGCUUUUAGGAGGAAAAGUGGAGCAUUAGGGGGGACAUUCUUCCCCCAUGCCGCAGUUUCCCCUGAUGAUGGAAAUAAUGAUACCAGCCUUUGUACAAAACUCUGAGUUUCUUUGGAAUAAGGUGCUGUAUAACUAUGUUAGUGUAGCACCAAUAUCUAAAAAAAUCCUGGGCCAGGGGGCCUUUUAUCAUUACCUAAAUAACAGCAUUUGGGAUUACUUCCACCCUUUUAAUUUCAUAACAUGCUGAUGUGGAGAGAGAUAGAUAAAUAUAUAUACAGCUGCAUGUUUUAGCUAAUGUCACUAAACUUAUUUUUUGUCAACCGUUCAUGCUCAUUGAAACACUGAAGUAUGAACCUGGGCACUGCUUCCCAGGCAAACAGCUAGUUAGCCCAUAGUCUGCAAAGGGCAAAGUUUACUUUGGAAACAAAAUGGUUUGGAUUUCAAAAACCUGCAUUUAAUCACACAUUCUCCACCACAGACAAAAAUAUAUUAUCCAUUGAACUGUGAAAGACUCUAGAAUAGCAGCCAGGAAUUUUGCAUACAAGAAUUGGGGAUAUAUUGGUGGCGGUUUUCUGAUAAUGUCACUUAAACUGUCACGUUUUAACAAACAGAACACCCUGCCUCUAUAAAAUGACUUAAUCCUUAAACUGUAUUUAUACAAGUAUUUAUUUUAUAAGGCUUAGACAUUUAAAGACUUCUAAAGAAGAGUCUUGUAAAGGUAAAAGUAUGUGUAAGAAAUGUUGAGGUCCUGUGCAACACUGCUAAGUUUGUUCUUUAUUUUUUACUUUGUGCUGCAUAGCAAAAGCCACUAGACUGUUACUGUCUUGUUUGUAACUGUGUUAACAGCAUUCCUUAAUGAUGUAUAUAUGGAGCGGUCUUCAAGCAUAGUGAGCAGUUUUAAAGAGAAAGUCAAUCAUGAGGGUACUUCUAUAGAGCAAAAGAAUUCUGAACAAUGGAGAAAAGUCAUAUUUAUCUCUUUAAGGCACACACAAUAUUUAAAGAGGUCCAAAACCAUUUUCCUGUUGUGGGAGAGCAAUUGACUCUGAAUUUAAUUACAGAUAUGAAGAAUAGCACGUAGCUAUUUCACUAGUCAACUGUACCCAAAAAAUGGAAGGCUAUUUCUGAAAAUUUGGUUCCAUAGUUUACCAUCUUAUUUUAAUGUUCUUUUGAAAUAUUUGUUCUGUGUUCUUAAGUGAUUUUUUUCACAUUAUUAAUCUUUUGCUACUUCAAUUUCGGUUUUGAAUUAAUCUGUAUUGGUUUAGUAAUUUGUUAUCCAUUAAUCUGCAUAUAAAAAUAGCGUUAUCGUGAUACUAACAUAGUAAUUUUAUUUUCUUUUAAUUUACAGUUGAGUAUUUUCAUCCUUAUGUCCUGUGUCAGCUUUCAUCUGCCAGCAGACUUCACAACCUGCAAAGAAAGCUCCAUAUCCAUUGUGAUAACACUCUGUGAUAAUUUAUAAAAGUCAUAUAUGUGAUGCCCUUACAAUUGCAGCUGACACACUGGGGCUUUUUCUAAUGAAAUUAUUCUUUAGCUACAAAGAAGCUUUCUUUAAAUGACAUUGUGCAGCCAUAGUACAAAUUCUGCUCCCAGUAUCAGUGGUAUAAGUCUGAAAUAACUCUUGAUUUCUGUGGAAUACUUCAGAUUUAACAAAACAGUUGAGAACCAGAUUGUGGUCUAGAAUUAAAAUUUUUCCCUUUAAUUUUAUCUUCUUGUCUUGGUGAACACCAUUGACAUAAGGGACAAGUUAUAAAUUAACACAACUGUACUCUCCCAGUGAAAGCAAAACCAGAAAUAAGUGCAGGGUAUGUCCCUUUAAGAGGGGGUGGAGGAAGACUCUGAAAUGAUCCUUGACUUCGGUAUUAAUUGUAACAAUGGCAUUGAAAAAGACUGAAAAUGUUCUCCUAAUUAAAUUUCACCCUGAACCAGUUAAGUAUUUGUAGGCAGGCUUCACCUUUCUGUAGCUCUGUAAUGUGCUACAUUUAUAGCCUGGGAAAUAAAGCACCGGCACAAGGCUCCGUUUUAUCUGUGUUCUGUUAAGGGUUUAUCACGUUAACUGGCUCUGGUUUUGAGGUUGACUUUCUCUUUUGGAAUGGCUGCAUACAAAUUAGUGUCAGUUUUGAAGACUAAGGAUACUAAAUGAGUGUAUCUUUGCUGUACAACAAAUGUGAACUAUAAUAUUCAGUGCUGGCUUCUGAUGUGUCAGUUAAGUGCAGAAAUAUCUUGGGCACAAUGACCUUUGCAACCUUUCAAGCUGUGUAAUAUUGAAAUGGUUUUGUAUAUGCUUAAAUCAUGUAGAACGAUGUAAAAGCAGUAUGACCUUGUCUAGUCUUCAAACUUAACAAUAAAACUUUUGAAAAA